ACUCCUGCGCUCGCUUGGCGCAAGCUCAGGGUUCAGUGACGCAGCCGCGGCUCCUCCGUGCCUCAUGCUCCUAUCAACCCUCACCACUAACAUGUCCACAUGGAUAACCUCUAUCUGCACUCAGGUUACUCCAGGCCUCUGCGUCCCAAUUUUUACGACCGCGACUCUCGACCGUCCAUUCGUGUGAGCUCCGAUCCGGAUGCCAGUAGCCGGCGACCUCAUCUGCACAAGCACAAGUCGUCGCAUCGUCACCACCAUCACCAUGACGAGCACCGCCGCCAUAGCUCCACGCGCCACCAUGCCAAAGAAGUCGUGGCGUCUGCGCUGCAGCCCCCGACGAGCUUUGGAGAUCUCCUGAAGCAGGCAAGAGGCAGUAAAAACAGCUCACCAAGUCACAGUCGCAGUCGCAGUCGCAGUCGACGACAAAGUCCGAACAGGGGAGAGGCCGGCAAGCAACAGAUGGUGAGUGGCGAUACUGGCCUUACCAUACCGCCGCCAAGACCACUGCGGCGGGAGGAAAUAGAACGAGAGGCAAAGAGGGUGGAAGUAAGGGAAAGAGAACUCCGCAACGCCCUACAAUCCCUUUCAGAUCAAUCGCUCAAGGCCUCUCGCCGCCUCGAUGAUACUUACUAUUCGAUUCUCGAAAAAGUCUCCACGCUACGCCAGACUAUUGGCACAUUACAAGAGCUCUCUGGUCUUACGAAAGAACUCCACCGCAACUUUGAGACCGAUGCUCAAGACCUCCUUGAUGACGUGAAGGGACAGUUCGAGGGCUCAAACACCUUUGAUGCACAGCAACACCAAGUUACGGCGUUGGAAGAAAGAAUCAACGCGGGCAAGCAGAAGGCAGACGCGCUCACUGCAAGGUUGGUGGAAGCGAAAGACAGAGUUGAUAGAAGGGCGAGGAGCGAGGCUCAGUGGGAGGCUAGCACAAACCGUUGGUGGCGAUGGUUUGGUGGCGUAGUAGUCUCGAUCAUCUCGCUCAUCGUCAUCUUGGUGGUUCUCCACCAUCUGAAACCCAUCCAUGUGGAAACAAAACCGAAGCCCGCCCUUGACUCUGCUGUCAAGGCCAAGAUCCUGGAAGCGCCAAUACCGAAGAUGGCAAAGGAGGACAUUCUGGAGCUAGCAACGUCAGUCCCCACCGUUCGGCUGCAAACGCCAUCCGCUAAGUCGUCUGCUGGGCUGGACGAUCGGCUGCUGCGUAAGUUCGAUGAGCUGUAAUUUUCUUGUUGAUCGCACAUAAGAUACCCUAGACAAUGUCACCUGCACUUCAUCCUUGUUAAGCCACUGUACGCCAAGUUACCUGCCGAUCAACCUGCCGCCCGUCAGGUGGAUACGAGUGCAGCUCCGGAGAAUAUGAACAAUGAUCUGUUACGCCCAACGUGCAGUUUGCAGCCACGAAGUAUCACAUGGAAUCACGCAUCCAAUCACAAUCGAGCCGUAAAGCCGAGGUGCUUGCAGCGGUCUCGUUCAAGCAAUCCACCCUUGCAUAAGGCUGCACGUCGGAUCAAGUACCCAAAUGAAACGGCUGACCGGAAGGUCAAUUGCCUCCUCGAUAUGUGAAAUACUCGCCCACCGGUGACCUGGUUCGAGCAAAUCUCUCCGCAAUCUGAGUGUCGGGGGGUUCCGAGGUGGGAUGUGAGGUGUCAAUGUGGGGUAAGCAGAUAUCGGCUGGUGUAAGUUUUGACGUAUAAGGCUGAGACGGCUCGUGGGGUCG